AUGUUGUCGAGGCUGUCUGCAGGAGCCUUGAAGCACGCUGCUAACUUGCGCGCUGCACGCUCCUCGACUCUCCUUUCUACUUCGCGUUCUGCCUCGGUCCGAUUUGCUUCUUCAAAUGCCUCCUCGUCGGCUUUCGAGACAGCGGUCAAUUCUCGAGCGGCGCUCGCGUCUGUCUCCCUAUUUACCGUCGGAACGAUCGCAUGGUACACCCAUCUUUAUGGCACUCUUCCCUUUGUCGGCGAAGUGCACGCCAGCCACUUGAGCGACGAGGGACUUCACCCUGCUGCAUACCCAUGGUCACACAAGGGUAUCCUUGAUACAUUUGAUCAUGCGAGCAUCCGGAGAGGAUACCAGGUCUACCGCGAAGUCUGCGCGGCGUGCCAUUCUUUGGACCGCAUUGCAUGGCGCAACCUUGUUGGUGUUUCUCACACCGCCGACGAAACGCGAGCGAUGGCCGAAGAAGUUGAGUACACAGACGGACCCAAUGCCGAAGGAGAGAUGUUCCAGCGACCUGGUAAAUUGGCGGAUUACAUGCCAGCCCCUUACCCCAAUGAGGAGGCUGCUAGGGCUGGCAAUGCAGGUGCUCUCCCCUCCGGACUUGAUCGUUUUCGUCUGGCUGACUACGUUUUCUCUCUCCUGACUGGUUACAUUGAUGCCCCGGCAGGCGUCGAAAUUCGUGAGGGCAUGAACUACAACCCAUUCUUCCCUGGUGGUGCCAUUUCAAUGGCUCGUGUCUUGUUCGACGGACUGGUGGAAUAUGACGAUGGAACGCCCGCUACAACAUCUCAAAUGGCAAAGGACGUCGUGACAUUCCUCAGCUGGGCUGCCGAGCCUGAGCACGACGAAAGGAAAAAGUACGGUAUCAAAGCCGUCAUCAUCCUCUCAGCGUGCUUUGCUCUCAGUCUGUAUGUCAAACGCUUCAAAUGGACCGUCAUCAAGAACAGGAAGAUUUUCUACAACCCGCCAGUUGACAAAACCCACUAG